AUGUUCGCAGAGCUCCCUACCGAGUUGAUCCUGGCCGUCUCUAACUAUCUUCCCCUCCUCGAUCAAGUGUCCUUAGCAGCUGCCAACCAUAGGAUACAAGCUUUGAGUCGCUAUCAGAUAGCACGACUUGCGUUGCGGCAGUUCCCCUACCUAAUCGUAUGGGCGGCUGAAGUCGGCUUUCAUGACCUGGUCGAGACAUUCCUGUUACUUGGUGGUUCUCCUAAUACGUCUUUCGAGACGUACAUUGCGAUGCCCAAGCGGAACAACAUUCGCCAGGUCGAGCAACGGAAAGGCCUUCUCAACAGAGUUUACAAGCACCACAACUUGUUCGCCUACUACAAGGACCCAGACCACCGUCCUCUGCCGGGCGAACUGCACGGGAGCCUCACGGAACAGCCAUUCAAAGGCUAUAGAGAGCGGUCGCCUGAUUGCAGCGCGGCCGAACCAUAUCUGGUGGUCGACACUUGA